CUUCUUCUUCAUCCCCGUUUGUUGUGAAGUCAUUCGCAGAACAAAGAUGUUUCGGCAAACAGAGCUUGUGACUCAUAGAAUGCUCACUGCCUGACCGCGAUAAUAUUCGGCCUUUUCUCCCCGGAAGAAAUUUCACUACCUUCGCUGCAGCCGCUCCCUUCGCAUCUUGUUACUCCUUGACACUGCAUUUUCCCAUUCCGAUUACAGCCUACCACGGCGCAAGCCUUCGGCUACGAAAAGGGGAAGUUAAUACAACCGUGCAGACUGCGUGAUAGGCGCGCCGAACAGCAAUGACCACGAUACCUUCCUUCGCCUUCCAAGACAUGGACGCACCCCACCUGGAUGACAAGAUGGACGUAGCCUCAUCACCUUUUCGACAGGCUGAUGAUAUUGACAUCGACCUUGAUUCAGUUCGUGACCCUUCUGUCGUUGGAUCUGUUAACGACGACAUGAUCGACGACGAGUUCGCUGGACUGGACAACAAUGAGACCGAUCUCAUGCAGGAUCAGCCUGAAGAGCCCUUGCCCGAGGAUGAUAUGGUAGAUGACACAAAUCCGGAUGAUAUCGACUACAACAUGGAUGGCGACAAUGACGAAGCUCAAGUUGAUGAGGAUGAGGACAUAUUGUAUGAGGAAGAGGAAGAUAUUGAGCAGACAGUGCAAGCGACAGGGGUUUCCGGCGAGAUCAACCUAGACGAAGAGCCUCGGAGCUAUAAAGUGGUGGGUGCUGAAGUCGAUCUGGUUGGGUUUGCUGAAGGGCCUGAAGCUCAAGUUACAAUGGCUGGCGAAGCACAUGUUGAGCCUGCCUCGGGAGCUACGGCUUCUACCCACGAAGAGGAAGAGAUCCCCGAGGAUGUUCAGGCCACUGCUGCCGACACUGUCCGAAAGACCUCAGAACCACCAGCGGUACAGGCAGGACAAGCAGCUGUCACGCCGCAAGAAGAGUCUCUCCAACAAGUCCAUGUUGAGCACGACUCUCAUCUACCUACAGAAGCUGAGGCCAAGCAAUCUCCUGCCGGAUCUGAACAUGUCGAGCAAUACUCCGAGUCGGUUUCGCACGCUGUUGAUGCCAGCGCAUCGGUGUCAAAAGAGCUUGAAGCUUCAGAGCAGGUGGAAGAACCUCACGUUACCCCAGCUCAAGGCCUACAUCCUGUGACCUUGGUCUACCUGGAUGAGGAAAUGUCACUGUUCCCGCCCUUGAUUGGAGACGCCUCUGCCAUAUACUUUCUCCAAGACCCUUCACUCGCUUCCGAGCCGCUGGACAAACUGCUGGCAGCAUGCCGUGAAAUAUUGACUGGAACUCUCGACCAUCAUGAUGAACUCGUCCUUGACAUCAGCUCACUAGGACUCCACAUCUGCGAAGAUUCGAAAUAUGCAUCUCAAUUGAGUCUGUCUCAGAUCAUUGAGACGUACCUACAACUCUGUCACAAUGACGGCAGUGAAGAGUCGCCUCCUUUAUAUUGUUAUUUGAGCAGCCGCGUGAGUCUGGCUUCUCAAUAUGCCUAUCUGUCCUACUCAGCUACUGAAGGCAAAGGAUUCUCAGAAGUUGCUGCUGAAUACGUUGAUACCCCUGAACCGGCAGAAGCCCAUGCAGAGACGGCUGAGGAUGAGCACGAAGCUGAAGGUGAUGACGAACAGGAGUCACCUGCGGAAGGACCUCGCGUUGACGCUGCAUAUACAGCCGCUGCCGAGCCAGAGAAUAUUGACCAGUACGAAGAUACCACAGCAGGGAACUUGACGGAGCAGCAGACCGCAGAACAUGUGACUGAUGAAGCCGCUGGAAUGCCAGAGGCUGACUCAGCCCUCAUUGAGGCUACCGAACAACCUGUUGAACCUAUUUCAGCUGCUCAAGAACCUAUUGAUGCGAAUAUUGCUCCUGAGACCGAGCUAUCUGGCUCAGCCGGCAGUAAUGUGGAAGAUGAGAGUGAGCAUCCGAAAGCCCACGAUCUUGACGAACUAGGAGAAGAACCGUAUGUUGAGCCUACAAAUCAUCAACAACCUCAAAGCCACGAGGACGAGACCAACAGCUCACAUACCUUGGAAGCAUACUCGCUGGAGAAUGAACCUGGUGAAGCCUAUGCUAGCGAAGGUGAGGUCGAAAACAUGUUCGAUGAUUCUUAUGAGCAUGUGGAUCUUGAACACAAUGAGGCUGCACAUGAACCGCAAGAAGAAUUCGAGCCCUACAAUGAAGAAGAACUCUUCCCCAAAGAUGAAGAAGGCAGAUUGAUCGAAGAUGAGUCAGUCACUGCUCUGCCAGUUGCAAACGGAUCUCAUCACUCUUCGGCUCCUAGUCUCCAACCUCCACAACCUGCCAGUCCUCCUAUUACGCCGGCCAAGAACAUGCACAUCAAGCGAAAAGUCGACGAUGACGAUGAGCUGGACCUGCUAGAAUUCGAUACGCCUGAGCCAAAGCGUCGUCGACCAUCCUGAUUCCGAAUUUCGCGACCUCCCUAUCCGCUGGACAACAACCUGCUCAGCAGCUGCAUGACCACAAGGCCCUGGACCGCAUACAGAGAGCCCGCCUCGACGAUCACCGCCGGACAUUAUCGACCUGACUAACACUUGCCAAUACUAACAUUCUAGGUCACACCCGUAAACGUGACUCCUUUACGACAUUUUUCUUCUUGUAUUCACCAACACCCCAAUGGAUUAUACCCUUCGAGACCCUACAUUCCCCUGUACUACUAACUUUAGGCCCUUUUUAACGUUCAACUUUGCGACAAUGCCUUGAAAUUCGAGGGCCCUCCCAGUGCCAGAGUUGGCACGCUACAGCAGAUUCUCCUCGACGUUGGAACAUCUGGCAGCUCAAAUGAUACGCUCACAACUUAUGGUGGCUGCAAUGGUCGGGUGGGAGGGUUUGCAGCUCACUGUAAGUAAUUUGAAGAGGAGCAGGACCACGAGAUUCGCUAGGCAGAGUCGCGCUGCGGCGGAACAGGAAAAGCGAGCAAAUUAUGUGUUUUAUCUUAUCUUGUUUUCAAGGAGCUGAAGAUAGGGAACGGGACGAUACAGAGUCGUUAGCAUUGCUGCGUGGCGCGCGAGAGAGCUAGUCGCGUCCGAUAGUACGAGCGUUGACAUGGCCAUACUCCUUAGGUUGAGUGCCAAUAUCGACAUGGUCACAAAUCUACCUUACGCUUGGGCUUUUGAAAAAUGCAUGAGUUUUAGCAAGAUUUGACCCAGAGUGAAGAUAGAACAUGUCGUUCCAAGACGUCUGCUUCCCGUCACGCUUGGUGCUUAGCAUGCUCGGAAUAAGCACAAAGUCUACACUUUUACGGAGUAGUAACGGAUGUGUAGCGCACUGUAG